GCUGCCCACAACAAACAUGGCGCCAGCAUCAUCAGCACCGCCUCAUUACACUCCGCUCAUUCCGCUGCCCGAUUUAAACAUGGCGACCAGCCAUCUAUCUCCUAACACUGGGUGAAUAUGUGACGUAUGUAUUGUGCGACGGCCGUAGCUCCUGCAACCUGGGCAGCAGAGAAUUAUGGCCAAUUAUAAAAUCCGGAAGUAUGAUAAUUCCGACUAUGAUACCGUACGGGACCUAUUUUCUUCUGGCAUGAGUGAAUAUGUCCCUAGCGUUUGUGUUCAUGUUUUGAAGCAACCUUGGGUAAUUUUUGUGCUGACAUGCAUGUUCCUCUCUUUAAUGAUGACCUCGAAGUCCCUUAUCUUGCCUCUUCUUGCUGUCACACUCCUGUUGGCUCUUGGACGUCAAGUAUUGGGCUACUGCUGGAAAAUGUAUAUAGACCACUGUUUAAAAGAAGAUCUUCAGGAUAUUCAGAAAACCUACAUGGAGAGCAAAGGAUCAAACUUUUGGGUGGUGGAAGCAGAUGAAAGCAUUGUUGGCACAGUGGCCGCUAAACCCUCAGAUGAGAAGCAUGAUGAGCUAAUCCUUAAGCGAAUGUCUGUGAGGAAGGACUACAGAGGAAUUGGCAUAGCCAAAGCCUUGUCUCGAGAAGUUAUUGGCUUUGCACGGUCAAAUGGGUAUAAGUCUGUUAUUCUGAACACCCUGAUGGUGCAAUCUGAAGCAAAGAAAAUGUAUGAGAACGUGGGGUUUAAGAGAUAUAUUGAAUAUGUUCUGCCUACCAUCUAUGGGAGGCUCGUAAACUUCAAAAUCUCAAAGUAUCGUUAUGAUAUUCUACCUGUGACCUGAACUUACCCCUUGUUGAGGUCUUCUCAUUAAUUAUUAGCUCAGGGGAAUUGACAAGGCUGCAUAAACUGUUACUUUAACUUUCAUUGUCAGAAAUGAAAUGAUCGCAUAAUACCUGAUGUAUAUUUCUAAUUAUAUACCUUUUUUAUUUUUACUUUAUUAUUUUUUUGUGUGAAGCAAUUGUAUUAAAAAGCUUCCAAAAGACACCUGAUAUGUAUUUAAUAACU